AUGGCGGCCGCCGUCCCCGACUUCCAGAAAUUCAUCUCCGACGCCCGCGAGCGCAAGAGAAAUGAGGCCCUCGCCAACGCCAUCUUCUCCCGCGGCCGCAGACAGAGCGCGCCCUCCAACCUGAAGCACACGCCUGGCGGCUCCUUUGCCAGCCGCGUCGGCAUCAACAAGCAGCGCCUUUCCUCGGGCAACUGGAGCAGCAGGCAGGCCGGCUCGGGCAAUGUCAACGGCGAAUGGACCCACGAUUUGCACGACUCGCUCAACCACCGCGCCCACGCCCUCGACGCCCGCACCAGCCAUCCCGGCCCCAAGCCCGGGCCCAAGAGGGCUGCCGCCUCCCAGCGCAGGUCCAGGCUCGCCUCGGCCGUGGACAGGAUGGACGUCGACCAGGUCAACGUCGUCAGGGCCCCCGGUGCUGGCGGCAUGGGCAUGUCCAUCAGGGGACUCGCCGGGCCCUUUGUCGUCAUAGGCCAGAACUUUGCGCCCGGCACCACGGCCGCGGACAUUGAGAGUGCCGUGACUCCGGUGGGCGGGGAGAUGGUGAGCUGCACAAUCCUCAAGACGAGCCCCUUUCUCAUGGCCGAGAUGGUCUUUGUCUCGCGCGAGGGUGGCGAGCGGGUGAUUGAGACGUUCAACGACAAGACGGCCGAUGGCAGACUCCUCAAGCUGUAUCCCAGAAUUGGCGGCCAUCACUCGUCCCGGGCAAGCCCUCCCAACGGCCCCCGCGCCACCGAGCAAGUUGUCGACGGCACCAUGGGCUUCUCGGGAGACAGAGACCUCAUGGGCGCCGAAAGCAGGUCCUCCAGCAGCUCCAGCCGCCCACUGUACAGCGAUAAGAUUGUUGCGCGAGGCCGCCGGGGCAGGGGGUACCAGGGCGGUCGAUGA